CAAGUUUGGAGGUUGGGUGGUAAGGAGGUAUAAAAAUCUAUGAAUCUAGCAAAGGAAAAAAUUAUGUUAACGAAAGGCCAUAAUAAUGUAUAGCUUAUUAAAAUUGAAUAGACCUCUUUUACCUAAAUUACCAAAAACGUCCUUAAGUGUAUUCAAUGUAAAUAAUGAUUCAAAAGUUUUCCAUAAAACUGGUUUAUUUUGUAAAGAGUACAUUACGUUGUUUGAUUUAGGACAAAUAAGACAUCAAACAACUGCCAAGAAAUUGGAUUUGGAAGAGAAAAGACGGAGAAGAAAACAAAAGAAAUAUUUUGCUGAUGUACUUGUUGUUACAGACAACGCUUCAUCUCAGAAAAAAGCAACUGUCAAAAAACUUACCGUCGCUGAUCUGAAAUUACUAGCUAGCACCAAUCUAAACUUAAGCGAGCUAUACAGGUUGAAAGAACUUUCGAAAAAACCUGUGGAAGAGCACACGUAUAACAAUUUGAAUGUGAUUGAAAAUUUUCUUGAUACUAAAGUCAAUUUCCAUGAUGGUGGUUUCAUUGAUUCUGCUGUGGACGGGAAAGAAGAAAAAGUUAUUAAAUUCACACCACCAGGCCCUGAGAUUAUUAAGAAGAAAGAAACUAAUAACAAUGUUGUGGAUGAAGAGUUUGAAAGCUUUACAUCUCUCAGUUCUUUCCAGCCAGCACCUGAAAAAGAGUACCGUUCCUUUCCGGGAGAUAGCAGAGAAAAGGCAUUUAUUAUAGGGAGUAUGAAAGGUCAACAUUCUAGAAAAUAUGAAGUACCAAUGGAUCGUGAACGUAGGGAAGAAAUCACAAACAAAACUUUGGGCUCCUACAUCGAAGUUUGUUCUCAGAUGGGGAAUCCCCAACGCGGGUUGGCAGCUUUGAAUUUCCAUAGGUUCAAGGUGAAGAAAUACAAUGGGCGGAUCAGAAAUGUUUUCGUACCGAUAACGAACAUCAAAGUAUAUAACGCCGUAUUGAAAGGUUUCGCACACAAAGGCGACUUUGAGAAACUCAGCGAGGUUGUACAAAUAGUGAAAGAGGACGGACACAAGUUGAACGUACAGAGUUACGUAGCAAUAUUUGAAUGCUUGGGGAGAAUUAACGUCCAAAACAAUCAUUUAAAAAAUAUAGAGGUAUUUUCCGAAGAGGCGCUGUCUAACGACAUCACCUACGACAAAAUAAUGAAUGAAGGUUCCUUUUUGAACAACGAGAGAGAGUUGGUUUUGAAAGCUAUGAGAUGUGUUGACCCGACGUAUGUUCCUAAAUAUAAUACGCCAGUUUUGUGCUACAAGAAUAGUUUAGUUGACCACCUGAAUAUCGAAGGACCAGUAAAGCUGUGUUCUCCAAAGGAAGAUGGAAAUUAUUUCUUAAAUUAUUCCGAUCUCUGCAAAAAAAUUGAACAACAAAUUGAACUGGAGAAAGCUGGAACAAUGCAUGUGAAGAAUAUUGCAUUCUCCACUGAAGUUACAGAUGAAGUACUAGGCUUCAGAGCAUCUCUGGAGAAACACUUCAAAAUGUGGGAGGAAUCCGCUUUGGCUGCUUACAACCGAGAUCUAUCCACCCUAAUUGCCCAGAAAAGCACCAUGAAUAUGGAUAUAUUCUUGAGGUGCCUUCCAGCCAAGGAUUACAUAGAAAUUAUACUAGACGAAGUGAGGAGACUCAUCGAAGGUUCUGAAACCUACAGUCCAACCGUUAACAUGCUGUACAAAGAAAUGGGCUGGAGAGUGUAUACCAAGUAUAAAAUAUUUUCCAAAGAGAAAACGGGAGUUUUAGAUAAGAUUUCUGACAUCCACAAAAGUUACUGCAGCCAUUACGCUGCGUCUCACGACGCUCUAGACGUAUUACCGAAGGAAGAGGUGAAAACGAACCCCAGGCGAGAAUGGCAAUGGAUAGACUACACUAAAUUAGGCGAAGGCGCUACCCUGAACAUGGAUCACAGGAGAUGGACCCCGAGCACGUUGGUGUUAAUCGGAAAAUUCUUGUACCAGAUUAUCAUGUUCGAUCUGAAAGUGGACGUCAACUUGCUGAAGCCUGAAAUCAAGCACAAGAGCUACUUGCCAGCUUUCUACACCGUUUUCAGGAUGCAGCCUCAAACGCGCUAUUCAAUAGAAGAAGUGAAACCCCAUCCUCUCCUCUCCAAGUUAGUGCGACAGUCCUUUCCGGAAACUCUCACUUUCACCAUCAACGAAAUGCCUAUGGUCUGCCCGCCGGUUCCGUGGAUUUCGACCGAAUUGGGUGGUUAUUUGCUGAUGCCUUCCGAAUUCAUAAGAUUGCCUGUGGAGUCGACGACACAAAGGCAAAGAUUGCGGGAAGUGGGACCACAGCAGCUUUAUCCAAAUUUCGAUGCUCUGAAUCAACUGGCUGCUGUACCGUGGAAAGUCAACAAAAAAGUAUUGGAUGUAGUCCUCCACGUAUUCAAAAAUGGUGGUUCUUCCGAGCUGAAUGUUCCAGAGGCACCAGAGAAACUGGAAGUUCCUACGGCACCCAAACAUGAGAUGAGUAAAUUGGAAAAGUAUCAACUCUUCAAAGAAAAGAUACAAUACAAAGUGAAGAAAGCUGAAAUGUAUUCUUUGUGGUGCGAAUGUUUGUACCGAUUGUCUUUGGCCAACCACUUUCGCGAUACUGUCUUUUGGCUUCCACAUAAUAUGGAUUUCAGGGGGAGAGUUUACCCAAUUCCACCACAUCUGAACCAUCUGGGCUCUGACUUGGCCAGGUCCCUCCUAAUUUUUGCCGAAGCGAGGCCACUCGGUCCAGACGGUCUUGAUUGGUUGAAAAUUCAUCUCGUCAAUUUGACGGGGUUGAAGAAAAGGGAACCUAUCCGUGAAAGAUUGAACUACGCCAACAAGAACAUCGAUUCGAUCCUCGAGUCGGCCGACAAUCCGUUAUCUGGAUCACGUUGGUGGCUUAAUUCGGAUGAUCCAUGGCAAACGCUGGCCUGUUGCAUGGAAAUCGCCGAUGCGGUUCGUUCUCCGGAUCCGGAAAAAUACAUGACCCACUUCGCCAUCCAUCAGGACGGCAGCUGCAACGGUCUUCAACAUUACGCCGCUUUGGGCAGAGACACGGCCGGCGCUCACAGCGUCAAUCUGACGCGUUCGGACACUCCUCAAGACGUUUACAGCACGGUGGUGAACUUGGUCGAGGAACAGAGGGCUGAAGAUGCAGAGGAUGGACACGAGAUUGCCAAAAUCCUGGAAGGAUUCAUAAAACGGAAAGUAAUAAAGCAGACUGUGAUGACGACGGUUUAUGGUGUGACGAAAUACGGAGCGAAGCUACAAAUUAUCCGUCAGUUGAAAGAUAUUCCAGAAUUCCCCAAGCAGUUAAUAUGGCCGGCAAGUACUUAUCUCACAGCUCUCACCUUUGAAUCAUUAAGAACUAUGUUUACAUCGACGAGGGAAAUUCAAGAUUGGUUCACGGAAUCUGCGAAGCUCAUUUCCAGUGUGGGAGGACAGUACGUUGAAUGGGUAACGCCUCUGGGUCUCCCCAUUGUGCAACCUUAUGCGAUACAUAAGAAAUAUUCCGUUGGACCAGCUUACGAAACAUACUUUGAUGAUAAAUUUGAUAAGCCCAAAACGAUAAAGCAGAAAAACGCCUUUCCUCCGAAUUUCAUCCACUCUCUGGACUCUAGUCACAUGAUGCUCACAUCCAUCCAUUGCGAACGGGCUGGUAUAACGUUCGUGUCGGUACACGAUUGUUAUUGGACCCAUCCAUCUACUGUAAAUAUUAUGAAUAAGAUAUGCCGAGAACAGUUCGUUCGGUUGCAUUCCCAUCCGAUUCUGGAAAAUUUAUCGGAAUUCCUAUACGAAAAAUAUAGUUUGAACGAAAGGGAUGCUGAGGAAAAAAGAAAUGCAAAGGAAAUAGCGAAAAAGAAACUGAAUAAAUGCCUUCGAAACUUACCAAAUAGAGGAACAUUCGACAUCAACGAAGUUCUUGAAUCGGUAUAUUUUUUUAGCUGAUUUUGCCCAGAGGGCUCAAUGUACGGGAAUAGUUUUUCAAAGGAUGAGAGGGAAUAUGCCCAAUUCAAAAAGUUAACUCUUUCGAAAGUGACAGUUUUGUUAUUUUGUUUUGAAAAGUAUUCGUAAAUUUUUUUUUCUUUUUUUUCUUCGAGUCGCGCAACAAACUGUUACUUAGGUGAAAAACAGGUUCGGGUAUUGAGAACGUUUUGAGAGAUCCUUACUCAUAACUGAACGAAGGUGAAACUGAGAACUGAAUCCAAAUGGUGCAUUCGACAGUGAUAUGUAUAUAAUAAGUACACAAUAAAGAUAUUACCAUGAAAA